CGGGUUUGGUUGAGAGGUCGCGGACGCCCCUCCUCCCUCCCCCCCCGGCGGUGGGCGGGAAGAGAGAGCGGAGUGAAGGCGACGGAGGAGGAGGACAUGGCUCAACACGGCGGAUACCGGCAGCCUCCCAAGCAGAGGAUGCGAGGCGUGAACCCCAACAUGAUGGACCCCAACCAGCUGUUCGACGACACCAGCGCCUCCCAGCACCCCCAGCCCAGCGGCUACGCGGUCCAAGGGAUCGACAUUGGGCUCCCUAUGAACAACUUCCUCAGCGAGCCUGUGGCCAACGUCGCCAUGGCCUACGGCACCACCAUCGCUAGCCAAGGGAAGGACAUGGUUCAUAAAGAGUUGAACAGGUUCGUGUCCAUCAACAAGCUGAAGUAUUUCUUCACCGUCGACACCAGAUACGUCGCCAAGAAGCUGCGACUGCUAAUCUUCCCUUACACCCAUCAGAACUGGGAGCUUGGGUACCAUGCAGACACGCGCUUGACCCCACGAGAGGACUUCCACGCUAACGCUCCAGACCUCUAUAUUCCAACCAUGGCGUUCAUCACCUACAUUCUGCUAGCUGGCGUGGCCCUGGGCAUCCAGAAGAGGUUCUCUCCAGAGGUGUUGGGCAUGUGUGCCAGCACUGCUCUGGUGUGGAUCAUCAUUGAAGUCCUGGCCCUUGUCCUCGCACUCUACCUGAUAUCAGUACACACGGACCUCACCACGUUUGACCUUAUCGCCUACAGUGGGUACAAGUACGUAGGGAUUAUAUUCACCAUUCUAAGCGGCUUGUUGUUUGGGCGAGAUGGCUAUUACCUGGCACUAGCCUGGACAUCGUGUGCCAUUAUGUUCUUCUUAGUCCGCUCGCUGCGUAUGAAAGUGCUGUCCUCGACGGGGGCAGCCACCAGCCACAGCUCCAAGAACCGUCUGCGAAUGUACGUCACGCUGGCACUCGCUGCCUUUCAGCCCAUCGUUAGCUACUGGUUGACCGUCCAUCUCAUCUGGUGAGGGUGGCACAUGCUGGUUGGUGCGAGGAGAUUCCGGCACUGGACUUCUGCCUUUUCCCCCACCGGUCCACUGUCAGAGGCUGAUCCUCUCCCUCCCUGCCUCCCUGCCCGCCUCUCCGGGAAGAAUCCGUCGCCAGCUGUUUAUAACACCACGCUGUAAAGAUUGAACUAUUUUUUCACGUCGCUGCCUCAAAGUGCCAGAGGCCCGGGUUCGAUCCCGAUCACGGGCGCUGUCUGCGCGUAGUUUGCGCGUUCUUCCCGUGACCUGCGUGGGUUUCCCCCGGGUGCUCCGGUUUCCUCCCACACUCCAAAGACGUACAGGUUUUCAGGUUAAUUGGCUUUGGUUAAAAUUGUAAAUUGUCCCUAGUGUGUGUGUGUGUAGGAUGGUGCUAGCGUACGGGGUGAUCGCUGGUCAACGCGGACUCGGUGGGCCGAAGGGCCUGUUUCCGUGCUGUAUCUCUAAACAAAGUUAAUCAGCUGUGACUGGGUGAUCGAUGGUCGGCGCGGACUCAGUUGGCCGAAUGACCUGUUUCUACGCUGUAUCUCCAAACUAAACUAAUUUGUUUUAGGCUUGAAACUCAGACCUAGUAACUUGGUCAAAAACAAACGUGGUACGUAGAAAAUUCUGUGAAGCGUUCCUACUGUACGCUGAUCUCACACACACACACACAUAGAUCACAGCGUCUUGCCCUUACAUCUGCAAAUUGGGGAGGAACAUUCACCACGGAGGGUGAGGCAGGGGUCAUCAGCGCAGAAACAGGCCCUUCAGCCCAUCUCGCCCAUGCUGAACGAGGUUGUCCUUUCAUUCGAAGGCUGUGCCCUCUGGUCCUAGGCUCUCCCACAUUCUCUCCAUAUCCACUCCAACCAGGCCCAUCUCAGCUGGGCCUGCAUUUGGCCCAUUUCCCUCUAAACCUUUCCUGUCCAUGUACCUGUCCAAGUAUUGCGAUAGUCCCAGCCUCAACUACCUCCUCUGGCAUCUCGUUCCAUGCACCCACCCACUCCGUUAAACUUUGCCCCCCGAACCCGAGGCGUCAUUUUAAAAUGUAUAUGAAUGAAAUAUAUAAAUCGUAAUGCUUUUUAGUUGUGAGAGGGGAUGAUUCGGCAUUGGGACUUAAUGCCACAAUGGCAGUCCUGGAGUCCUAGGGGUGAGGAGACCCGUUAACAUUAGGAGAAGGGGAAAGAUUUAAUAGGAAUCUGAGGGGUAACCUUUUCACACAAAGUGGUGGCGGGUGUAUGGACCGAGCUGUCGGAGGAGGAAGUUGAGGCGGAAUAGUCGAGAAACAGUUGGACGGGUUUACAUGGAUAGGACAGGUUUGGAGGGAUAUGGGCCAAAUGCGGGCAGGUUGGACUAGUGUGGAUGGGGACAUGUUGGCCGGUGCGGGCAAGGUGGGCCUGAAGGGCCUGUUUCCACGCUGUGUCACUCUAUGACUAGCACAGGGAGUGACUGAGACCCAGGAGGGCGGUCGACUCUCCUCGUCGGGACUGCCCUGCUGAGAGGUGGCGGUGCCCGGUGGAUGAUGGAGACCAACCAGCGGGCUACGACCUUUCUCCAGUGUGAACUUAACGGAGGGACCCUGGGUCUGUUGUGGUGCUUUGUCGUCGAUUCUUCAAUCCAUCCUGAUUCUGUCAAUAAAAAGCAAAACACUA